CUGCUUGGGUUUGAACGCCGAUAAUUCAAACAAAAACUCCCCAACGCAACCACCGUCUCUGUCUCUUUCUCUGCUCCGAGGCCUGCCCAGCACUUUUGACCGUGCGGAGCUGCAGAGAUGUUGCAGUUGCAGGGCCUGCGGGCGUUUUCAGUUGCCGAACCCACCCACUUGGCCUCCCCCUCCUACUCACGUGUCAUCCGGACGUCGCUCCGCCUCCGCCGUCAGUCAGCUUCCUUCCCGACGAGGCGGCCACGUCUCCGAUCACUCCCCAACGUCAGGAGCUGCGCCGCUCUCGCAUUCGAUUUCAAAGGUGGCAAAGGAAUGAGUGAGUUUCUUGAUGUUGAGCUCAAGGUCCGGGAUUAUGAACUUGAUCAAUAUGGUGUCGUUAACAAUGCUGUUUAUGCAUGUUUGCGCGACGAAAACUUGCGCGACGCAGCUAAAUGCGUCGCGCAAAAUGAGCAUGAACAAACAAGCAGGCCAAAAGAGCAUGAUUUUUCUUUUCUAGCCCAGCACCAACUCUACAUAUUGGAGUGGGAGUCUUGGGCAGAAAUUCCCGAGGAGACGAAGAAACUAGUGCGAGAAAACUUGUCGGUCAAUUUUGAUCUUGACGACAUAUCCCUUGAGGUCAUGGCCUACUUAGAGGAUACCUUAGCAAAUCGGUACAAACAUUGGAAGAACUAUCUUCACACGCAUUUUAAGCGAUGGGAUGAUCCGGAGUUUGCUCGCCUACAUGGUUGCCCAACCGAGCUGCAGGACCGGCCGGAGGAUUGGGAGUGGCUCUGCAAACAUUUUACGGACCCAAAAUUUGUGAAGAAAUCUAUUGCUGGCAAGAUAGCUCGGGACUCAAAGACACUUCUCCACCAUUCUGGUUCGAAGCCCUUUUCGUAUAGGGUUGAGGCACGACGUCAGGAGGGUUCUAAGUUCCCAGAGAUCGACAUGUUCGAGGACGUUUACGUUCGACCUGGUGAUGAGAUAGCUAAGCAGCUUCAUGUAAGUAUAUGUAAUUGUUAUUAUUCUUAUAUGUAUGAAUCGUUCAAAUAUUAUUUAUAUUAUGUUAUUAAACAUUAUAUGUUUUUUCCUUUAUUAUUACAGGAUGCUAUGGUGGAACAGCGCACUACUGUUCUCCAAGAAGCAACAUCACAACUUUCCCCGGAGACCUUGAUCGAGGACGCCACGAUACCCGAGGAUGCAGGUUUUCAGAUCCUGACUAAUGUCAUGGAUCAAAACUUCGGUCGUCGUCCUAGCAAAGUUGUUCGGGGUAUGGGAAAAGCGCGAGUUCGUGAGACGGGUGCCUCUUCUUCCAGAUCAAACACAGGAGAGGUCAGUGCAUUGAAGGAGGAAGUGACAACCCUAAAGGGUCAACUUGCGGUCCAGAGUGAGCAAAUGAGGGCCCGGGACAAGCAGAUGAGGGCCCAGGGCGAGCAGGUGAAGGCCUAUGCCGGACACAUGAGAGACCUUGUACGAGCCAUACAGAUGUCCGGCCUCCAAAUCUCACUACCAGUACCUGAUCUUCCUACACCUUCGACUUCUGAGCCACUUUGCCCUACCGAUACCUAG